AUGGCAACGACAACAGGUUAUGGGCCCAGACGAGACGCUGGAAGCCGGUGGUUAAGACUGUGUUUUGAUGGAGAAGAAAUGAAUUACGAACUGUGGGAGGAAGAAGUCAUGGGACAAAUGCAGCUGCAAGGGCUGAAGGACGCAAUCUUGCAUGAGCCGGACACAUCCGCUGAGGACUUCGACGCGGAAAUGUACGAAGAGAAAGUUCAGUGUGCAUACGCCGAAAUGGUCCAGUUCCUUGACGACAAGAGCCUCUCCCUAGUAAUGAGGGACGCCGAAGGAGACGGACGAAGGAGGCGUGAUGGUGCCAAACGAGGAACUGAGGAGGAAGAGCACGCCUUUUGCUUUAAUAUUGUUGAUGGAGAGCUCAACCAGUCCAGACAACAAGACCUGAUGGUGGACACAGGGGAUAGGAUGCUCCAGGACGUGUUUCUCCGGCUGGAAGGUGUCGUCAAAGCUCUUAAAUCUUUUGAUACUGCUACGGCCAACGGAGCAUCAGUGACGUUCCAACAGGGAUGCGACCAGGUGAUCCACAAGGACGGGACCAGAUUCAACAUUAAAGAGUACAACAGGCUGUAUUAUCUGGACACCUACAGCACUGGUUCCAUAGUUGCCAUUUUGAUGGCACAGAGCAAGACCAGGAAGCCCAAAGGUACACCCGAGCUGGACGAACCCGCCAUAAAUUCAAGAUUUGAGGUCGACUAUGGUAUUUCACAGCCACAGCUGGAACCUAAGCAGCACUUAGAAAGAGAAAACAUGGUCGGGUCAGCUGUUCAAGACCAAGAAUCAAACACCACUGUCAUCUCAACAGUUGAGUCUUCGGUCUAUGAGUCCACUGGUGAAGAAAAUGACAGACCUGGUGUUUUUAACUCACAAGAUGCAGUCAGUUGGCAGCCGAGUUUGAAGAUCAGCACCUCCAAAUCAGAGACCCUGGUCCUCAGUCGUGAAAGGGUGGCGUGCGCUCUUCGGGUAGGGGAUGAGCUCCUGCCCCAAGUGGAUGAUUUCAAGUAUCUUUGGGUCUUGUUCACGAGUGAUGGUAGGAAGGAGCGGGAGAUUGACAUGCGAACUUUGCACCGUCUUUCAGAAGAUGCAUCUGAUGAAGCUCAUUCUGGGGUCCUUGACUCUGACUUGUCUCUUGCUGAAUGUGAAGAAGACACAAGUCCAUAUAAUCAUGAAGGACGUCCUCCGGUAGUUUUGGAGAACAUGUCUAACGCUCACACUGCUGGUACCGAAAUUCAAAUACACCCUUCUUCAAAGGUCCAGGGUAGUCAACACCGUGAUAGAAACAUAUCGCACUCUCUCAACAAACAAGAUGUGAAUUCUGCUGUCACCAUCGAGACACAUCCCAGUAUAAAUAACAAAGACCCAGAAGAUAUUCCGACAUUUGACGAGUGGAAACGAAAAAUUAUGGAGGUUGAGAAUGAAAAAAGUAAGAUUAUAUCUCAUUCCAUUCGUACUUCUACUAAUGGAGGUUCCAAUAUGCUGAAGAAGUUGCAAAAAAACUUCAACAAUUAUGCUUCUGUUGAGUGUGGAGCAAAGAUCCUUGGUGCUAACCCAGAAGCUAAGAGCACUUCAGCGAUAUUGAAGGAGAAUAUGGAUUUGUACAUGCUAAAUCCCUGCAGUAAUAAAAUCUGGUUCAUCAUUGAGCUGUGUGAGCCCAUUCAGGUGAAGCAGUUGGAUAUUGCCAAUUUUGAACUUUUUUCUUCUACACCCAAAGACUUUCUGGUUUUAAUCAGUGACAGAUACCCAACUAACAAAUGGCUCAAAAUGGGAACUUUUCAUGCCCAAGAUGAACGCACAGUCCAGAGCUUCCCUUUGGACGAGCAGCUUUAUGCUAAAUAUGUGAAGAUGUUCACCAAGUAUAUAAAGGUUGAGCUUCUCUCUCACUUUGGCUCUGAACAUUUCUGCCCCCUCAGUGUCAUUAGAAUAUUUGGGACAAGUAUGGUGGAGGAGUAUGAAGAAAUUGUUGAGCCUUCUGAAAGACCGGAAGAUCAGGAUGAUGACUUUGAGUAUUCAUCCCCUUUGGGAACUGGUGAAGUCAAGCAUUCAACAAAUGUGAUUGGUUUGGCAAAGGAUGUCAUUUUGAACAUGGUCAAUAAUAUUGCUAUCAAUGUUCUUGGGAGUAACUCACAAAUGCAAGGAAAUAUUUCAUACCAGGAUGCAAGCGUGAACGGGACACAUGUUAAUGAAACGACUGCUCAAUCUCCACUCAUAAGUCCAAUCACUGAUUCAAAGAUGGAUGAGGUAACAUCAUCUGCAAACGCAAAAAUCACUGAAACUGAAACCCUAUCAACAACAGCAACAAUGGAUGUAUUGGAACUGUUUAGAGACAAUAAAAGUGAAAAUCACCAACCUCAAUUGAACGAACAAAUUGUUAUUACUUUACAGCCAGAUGAAGAAGAAUCUAUUCACACACCAAUCACACUGUUGGAUCAAGAGGAUGAGUUAGGUAGAGAGACAGAGAAAAUGGAUCACAAUGAACCACAAAAUGUCACUUUCCAGUCACCUAUUCCUAAAUUUUUCUCUUGUUCAUGUAAAAUCUACCUUCAGGAGUAUCUGCAGCAACAAUGUCUGCUACUGCUGUUCAGUUACAAAAGAAAAUGCCAGUACACAGAAAAAGGACAAAUGGCUCCUUCUAGCCACACUUCCAUUUGGUUCCCACCCUCGUUCCCCUCUGCUUGUCCUGAACAAAAGUAUCAUCACAGUGAGGCACAUCAGCCCUUUCAAAAAGAAAAAGCUCCUGGGGGCGAGCCAGAAAGCGAAGCACCUCAGCCCCGAGCAAACACUUUUAUCGAACCUCAUGAUGACUCUAUGUCUGAACCUUCUCCACUUGAGCCCAGUCAAACAUCAAAUCUCCCCAAACCUGCCACCACCGAUUCAUCCGUUGCAAACCCAACCUUUUAUAAGACUCUGCAGCUGUCUCCUGAGGCUUCAGCAAAGCCACUAAGCCCAAAUGAGAGCCAAGACAUGCAGAGUAUGGAGAAGCUUACAAAGGCUUCACUACCUCUCAGUAGCGCAAUCGUUGGAACGGUAACAGAUGAGGUCAAAGUGGCAGCAACAAAAGUUAAAUUGAACAUUGCAAUUAGUGCAGAUCCUGAUAUGACAGCUGAGUCCCAGAUUGCCUCUCAUGUGGAUCAGUCACUGAACCUAACAGCUUUACUCGAAAGUAUGUCUCCUUCCACUGAGCCAGCUCAUCCUGCGUCACAUACACAGAUUGAUCUUGAGCACUCAAAUGGUGCCCCAGUCAUGACAGAUCCCAAAACAGCGGACCGAACCGAAGAUGUAUUUACCCAUUUGCCGUCAACAUCCUCCUCACCGCCCCUCUCAGACAUCUACGCAGAUCCCUCAAAUGGCCUAGAGCAGACGGGUAACACGGUGCACGGUUCCAGCCAAAAAGAGUCAGUGUUCAUGCGGCUCAACAACCGCAUUAAGGCCUUGGAGAUGAAUAUGUCCCUCAGUGGGCGCUAUCUAGAACAGCUCAGCCAAAGAUAUCGUAAGCAGAUGGAGGAGAUGCAGACAGCUUUCAACAAAACCAUUAUUAAACUCCAAAACACAUCCAGAAUUGCAGAACAGCAAGACCAGCAACAGACAGAGUCCAUUCACUUGCUGCAAGGCCAGCUGCAGAAUGUGACUCUGAUGGUACUCAACCUGUCAGCUCAAGUCAGUCAGCUGCAGAAUGAGGUGUCAGACAAGCAUAACUACCUACUGCUGUGCUUGCUGCUCAUUCUGGGUUUCGGCUUGUCGCUAUUCGCUAACCGAUGCUGCAUCUCUAUCACACCUCCAUAUGCAACGCCAGAUGCAACAAACUUCUACACCCACUGCUGUCCUGAGAGGAACAUUGCCACUGGUGAUGAACGUAGUUUGAAGAGGAGUGCAUCCUACCCACAAAUACACUCCUUCCAGUUAGUGCCUCGUAAAGGUCCCGAAAGUCUUCAUUCUGAGGAGAGUCAACCUAAAAAGAAGAAAAGACGACGCAAGAUAAAAUCCAUUGAGAAAGUGGAGACUCUGACCUCUUGUGCUACUUCACUGGCAUGCGACGGAUCCCCCGUAUUGUACAGUGCGCCUGUCACAACUCACCCCGCCUCCCUGACGAGGGGGCUGCUUCUACCCUCUUUCCGUGACUCUCCAUCAGAGGGCAGCUCAGAGACAUCUUCCCAUUCAGAUGAUCCCUCCUGCGGAAUAACCCUCGCCUGCUCUCAGAUAUGUGAGCGUCUGGCCCCGCGCAAGACAUUGCAGGAGAAAAAGGCGCUGAGACGGAGGCAUCCUAAACCCACUUGUGCUGUUGUGGUCCCCAGCAAAGACAAAAGCAAUACAUUGUCCAUUUCUGCUCCACAUGACAUGAAAUCAAAUCACAGCACUGGGACUUUAGGGAUAACUAUCCCUCUCUCAGGUCCUGUGUAA